AUGGAAAAUGAGGACUACACAAAAAAAGAGUUUAUCGCAAAGAUUCGAUCCGAUUUGAAAUUAAAAUACCAAUUGCAUUACCGUCUGGAAGCCGGUGCGAGCGAGGUACCCUACCAUGUGUUUACAGUAGAUCCUGACUUGGGAUGGAUUCGGGUCACCAGAAUUCUGGACAGGGAGGAAUUCUCUGUCUACAAUCUGCUUGGUGUUGCUACAGCCAAAAAUGGUAGCGAGCCCGAGACGAGAAUUGGCAUAAAAGUCGAAGUUAAAGAUAAGAAUGACAAUACGCCGAUUUUUUCUACUGAAAACCAAGGGGCGGUGAAGGAGCUUAGCAAUCCAGGGACACCAGUGAUGACAAUAAAUGCAACUGAUAAGGAUGAACCAGAGAAUGACAACUCUAAGAUCAGCUACAGACUCAUCAGUCAGGAUCCACCACAUAACAUGUUCUAUAUUAAGAAAGAUGGGACCGUUUGUGUCAAUAGUCCUCUUCUGGACAGAGAGAAACAGAACAAGUACACUCUGAAAGUGAUAGGGGCAGACUUAGAUGGCAGACCAGGCGGAAAUACCGGCACCGGCACUGUUACCAUCAAUGUCCUGGAUGUGAAUGACCACCUGCCCACUCUGGAAAAAGAGGAGUAUGAGGGAGAAAUUGAAGAAAACACAAAAGAUGUGGCGGUGAUGAAACUCAAAGCAAGUGACCUAGAUCUGAAGGGCACAGAAAACUGGGAAGCCGUGUUUGACAUCGUGAAAGGCAAUGAAGCGGGGUACUUCAGUAUUAAAAAAGACCCAGAAAACAACAACGAGGGGAUCCUAAUGCUGGUCAAGCCCGUGGAUUAUGAGAAGGUGAAGAGCCUCGAUCUUGGAAUUGUUGUGAGAAACAAAGUUCCACAAUACGGAGGAGGUGGAAGCAGCGGCACUGGAUCCACAGGAUCCUCAUGGCAAAGUGGGACCAAAUUUAAAUCCUAUCCACUCAAAAUCAAAGUGAAGAACGCGCCGGAGGGUCCAGCCUUCAUCCCUGAAGUCAAAGCCAUCCCCCUCUUAGAGGGAGGCAGCACCGUCAAGGUUAAUGAUGUCAUUGCACGCUACCCUGCAAUAGACGGAGACACUCUGGAACCUGCUAAGAAAGUCAGGUAUGUAAAAGGCUCAGACCCUGGCAACUGGCUAACCAUCGAUCCAAAGACAGCAGAGAUCAAACUGAACAAGCUUCCCGACAGAGAAUCUCCAUACCUGGUCAAUGGGACAUAUUUGGCUAAAGUUCUGUGCAUUAGCGAAGAAAUGCCCUUUACAACAGCCGUCGGCACCGUCGCCAUCCAGGUGGAAGAUUUUAACGACAACUGUCCCAUCGUGACCAGUAACCACCAGACGAUGUGUACCACGGCUAAUCAUGUUAUUGUCAUUGCUAAAGAUGAGGAUGUGUUUCCCAACGGAGCCCCUUUUGUCUUCAACAUCAUCCCAGAAGGAACUGAGGGUAAAUGGCAGGUGGAGCCUCUUAAUGACACCGCAGCUAUCCUGAGGGCUCAGGAGGAAAAGUGGCCUGGUUUCUAUAAGGUGACAUUUGAGGUGAAAGAUGCACAAGGAGAGGCCUGUUCAGAGCCACAGGAAGUAGAAGUCCAAGUUUGUACCUGUGAGGAUGGAGUAGUGUGUGGGAAACGAGGAGCUCAAGGUCAGCUGGGAAAAGGAGCAGGACUGGGACCCGGAGGCAUUGGCCUGCUAUUUCUGGGCUUGCUGCUGUUACUACUUAUUCCUCUGUUGCUGCUCUUCUGCCAAUGUGGAGGGGCUGCUGGUACCUCAGGGGGCUUUAAAGAAAUGCCUUUUGACACAAAGUCACACCUCAUCAACUACCGCACUGAGGGCCAAGGAGAGAACACGGAGGUGCCACUGUUAAACUUGCCAACACAAAUGGAUGGAGGUUUGGCAAUGACUAACAUUCAGACAACAAUGGCGCCCAUGACAAGUAUGGGAUUCCAGCACUCCGUCGCCUCCAUGGAUAUGAUAAACUAUGGAGAAGGAUAUCAAAGAGAAGGGGCGUGGGGGACGAUGAACGAGCACCGUGGCAGUGGCUUCUAUUCCGAGAUGGAGAGCAGAGAAUCCGGAUUGGGUGGAGGACUUUUUGAUGGCAUGGCUCUGCCAGACUAUGUCCUUGCAGAUUACUACUCUCAGAAGCUGGCCAGUGGAAAUGAGAACCUUGGAGUUAAGGAUGGCAUUUUGGUGUAUGACUAUGAGGGCAAUGGCUCCCCUGCUGGCUCAGUGGGCUCAGCGGGCGACCUGGAGUCUGACAACGGCAUACAGUUCCUUGAUGACCUCGGGCUAAAGUUCAAGACCCUGGCUGAGGUGUGCGGAGGCAAGAAGAUCCAAACUGAAGUCAAAAAAGUGAGGGCUCCCGCUCAGACUUCAGUGUCAAGUGUUAUUACUGCCCAACAGCUGCCACCUCCACCCCAGGUGCAGCCAACCAUCCCGCAAGCAGAGCGCACUGUGGUCAGGGAGACCGUGAAGGAAAGCACAGUGAGAGAAGGGAUGACCAAAGUGAACGAAGGGAUGACCAGAGUGAACGAAGGGAUGGCAAAUCAAGGCCAGAUGUUCAUGCUACAGCAGCAACAGCCUGUCUACUACACCACCACCCCUAUGAUUCAGCCGAUGCAUUACGUAGUCCAGCCACAGGUUCAGAAUACUGUACUUCUGGCAGAGGCACCAUCCACCAACCUGCAAGGCAUGGUCCUGGUUAAUGGAACCCAGACUCUACCUUCCCAAGGCAUGAUGGUCCAGGGGCAGUCCAUGAUUUCCACUGCACAAGCUCAGGGCCCAGGAAUGAUGCUGGUAGGAGGGAGUGGAGUCCACACUGGCAUCCCCUCUGGUGCCCAGACCAUGAUGGUCGUGGAGGGUAAAGUCCCUGCAGGGUCAUUAAAGAGGAUGAGGGGAAGCCAGACCAGCGUGAUGCAGGGGGGCACUUUACAGUCAGGUGGCUUUUCAGGGACUCAGAGAGUCAUGGUGGUUGGAGGGCCGACAAGCAGCCAAGGGCAACUGAUCCAGGAAGCAGGAGGUCUGUCCCCGACGAAUCUGGUCCCUGGCUCUUCAAGAGUCAGAAAGGGCAGCACAUCUGCUCGCUCUCACAGUAGUUCAACCACCACCACUGUGAGCACAGGUCCCACCAUCCGCAAGGUGGUAGUGAAGGAGUCCAAAGAAAUUCGCUGAUUGAGACACUGUAAGGACCUUUUCAGUGACACCAAAAAGACUUUCUCUUCUCUUGUGUGGUUAAGCUGGUGAUGGGAAUGCUUGUGGGAGUUAAAUCAUGCAAAAUUGCUAAUAGAGGUGCAGGGCAGUUACCCCCACUCUUCUGUAUUUAAAUUUGGCAUAGCAAUAAAUAAAAAAAAAGUUUUUUAAAAUAAAUACUCCAACCAGGAAAUGGGAAAAUAACUAAAACUGGAAAAAUAUAACUGAAAAUUUUAAAUAGUAAGGUGCCUGUCUGAAAUGAUUGAAGCUAACUAUCCAACAACGUUACCCUGCCCCACAUCUCUACUGCUUUGUACUUUGCUGGCAUUGAGCACUGCACCACAGCCACCUCCAGAACCCCCCUUCCCCCCUUUUUUGAAAUGUCUUACAUCAUAAUACAUUUUCAUUAUUCUUAGUAACAGCUGUCUCUUCUUAUCGUCACCUUUAUCUGAAGUGACAGAAUGUACCGCAGCUUUAAAAUUAUCGUAUUUUACUUCAAACUAUUGUACGUAUUUAAAAAAAAAAAAAAAAAACACUCUGAAUGGCACAACUAUCCCCUAUACUGUAAAUAAACGAACGAAGGGACAAACUAUAAAAGUGUUGUUUGCUUACUGCUCCACCUCCAGCCGCUGUGUAGUUGAGCUAGUAGCAUCUUGAGUUGUCAAGUUGUGAUGUGCGUUUUUUUACAGUCUGUCUGGCAUAACGAACCACGGGUGUUAACUGGGCAUCAGGUGAUGAUCUGUUUGGCAGGUAGAGCCUGGCAGCAGAGAGGGGGGUCGCGCUGCUCAGGUGCUGAAUGGUGUGUAUGUGAUGGCCACAUCAGUCAUGCUGAUGUGAUUGGUUGCUCUCAAAUCCCAAACAUUUUUUGAUUGUUUGGACAUUGAAAUUGCAAAAUAAUCGUACUUUUGGCCUUUUCUGCAAUUAGUGAUCGUACAGAGGGCUAAAUGGUACAAAUACGAUAGUUAUCGUACAUCUGGCAACACCGUACACAUACAACCAUGUCAAGCUUGUCAAUGUGUGUCUAUGUUAUUUCUUUUAUGUCUCUUGUCUUUUGGUUACAGUUACAUUUUGUCUGUUGUUUUGCACAAAUAAAAUCAUUUUGAAACACUG